AUGGUCAUGGCUUUCAUGGCGAGGCGGCCACCCUCCCUCAUUGUCUUGGGGGAUGCCGAACUGCAACCAUAUCUCCAGCGCAAAUUUCUACAGUCCCUGGUUUUCGAAUUCAAUCACCUACACCUGAAUGAUCUAGAUGAUCCGAACUACCGCGAUGCCGACGGUAAUGAUGACGGUGUCAACCCUUCUACUAGCCCUCAUGACGAGAUCUUCACAACUUUCUACCCCUCAGCAGGAGUACCAUCCGGUACUGGAACCGCCUCUUCUCAGGACGUUGCGGGUUCCCUCUUAACAUUGACCCCAACCGCCUCGUUCCUUGCUUCUGGGAUGACGGAGUCGGCCCACCAAGCUUCUGACCCAAACAACCCAAUUUGCCUUCUUUACAACCUCGCGGUCGACCUUCUUCGAGUCUCAAUAUUCGACUUCCACGGCGAGUGGCUUUUGUUGCGACUCCACGGAAUCGUCCACGGACAACUGCUUCUCGGCGAUGUAGACAGAAAGGUUGAAAACCACCGGCAUACUAUGCAAACACUUCCAGACCCGAAAUCAUGGCUUUUCACCACGCCGAAGCCACGUCUAUCCCUCGGGGCCAUUCCGGAUAUGACCAUGGGCAGUGUCCCACUACGGGACCUAGCUUUAGCGUCGACAAUGUCUUACGAGGCAGUUCUGGCCGCGACAAUGGUCUCGCCAUCCGUGGCAGCGGAUCCCAUACAGGAAUAUGGCACUAUUCAACCCGAGUCGGUAUUUAAUGAGCUUAGUGCGGAUCGAGAUGGCGAGUGA